AUGAUCUCUUCUUCUGUGCGCCGGGCGGCGUUGCCGUCAACGGCCGCUCUACCGUCGCGAGCAGUCCUCCUGGCCGUCUCCUCGAGCAGCCCUGCUCCCGGACCUAGCAGUGGGAACCCUCCGUACCGCCAUCAGCGUCGAUACUCGUCCUCGAAGCCUCCCGUGCCUCCCAGCGACGGGUCCAGAGGCAUCGAUCCGCCCGCCCAGACGCCGGCAAAGAGCGUCAGCAGCGGGCCGUCGAGCAAGAAGGACGUAGAGAAGAGAGAAGGCCGGUCGUCUAGAAAGCGUGCCGGCAAGGAUGGCGAGACAGCAAAGUCGAAGCAGGCCAGCUCGCUGAAGUUGCCGAGCGUACCCUCCACGCAGCACCUGCAUCCUCACGAUGUCCAUGUAGCUUCGUUCUUUUCCAUCCACCGACCCAUGUCAAUAACUACUUCCGUACCUCCAAAUAACGACAGCAAAACCUUCUCGGCCAUCUUCUCGCCGAAGAAGCAAGCUGCCGCAAGGCAAAAGGACGUGAUAUACACCCUUUCCUCCGCCGUUAACGCGAUCGAGCAGAACCUCCCUGGCCAGCAUCAGGCAUCCGCUGAGGAUAUCGAAUUUAGAAACGCCAUCUCACAAGCUUCGUCCAUCCACGCCGAGUCAGACGUCACUCAUCUCGAUGGCGUACCUACCCAGGAGCUACGAGCUUCCAUCCAAGAGUUCGCUAAGCGCCUACGACCAUUCAAUCCCCCUCCAGCUCCUACCCCUAUGGACGGUGCUUUCGAAAGCGCCGCAGGUAUGGAAUCCGCCGCAGACAAGUCCGGCGCUGCAGAAGCUGCCGCUGAGUCCGAGCCCAGCGACCAAACGUUUUCCACCGUCCUUACUAUUCGCGAAAGCCGCAACGCAGAGGGCCGCAAGUCAUACGAGGCAUAUGCUUCUCCCUUCGUCCGCGUAGAUGAUAUGGAGGCCCCUUCCGCCCAGGGUGAGUCAUCCAUCUACCAAGACCAAGAGACUAGUGACCGUUCAGUCUCCGAGCCAAAGCAGAGCUUCCUCCAGCGAAUGGUCAUUAGACAGUUGCAGUGGGAGCGUGCCCAGGGCCAGCGCCAGCGCGAGCGAAUGUAUACCAUCAGUGUCAAGAGACAACGGAAGCUAAAGAUGAAGAAGCACAAGCACAAGAAGCUGCUAAAAAAGACAAGGACCUUGAGACGGAAGUUGGAUAAGAACUAA